GUUUGAUAAGAAUCAGUGUACUGUGCAUUUACAGUGUGUGUAUCCGGGCUAAACUCGUUUACAUGGUAAUGAGGCAGGAUUUAGUAGAGCACAAUAGAUUUGUGCCCCAGAUUGGGGCCACAGAGACACUCCGGUGUCCUCAAGAAAAAAGAAACAAAGGCCGUUUUGUUCCUCGUCCCGACAGCCUACUGUGGCUUUUUCAUACCUUACUUAAUUUGGACACAUUUUCAGUAGACAUGUAUUAGUAUUGUUGUAUAUUUCUGGGAUCUUUUUUUUUUUUUUUUUUUUUUAAACAAUUUGUAGUCAUUUGAAUUGAUCCAGCCAAACGCGUUUAUGUACCAUAUGGUCUCAAACAAACUGCUAUGAAGGUCAACAUAUGACAGGUCGUCAUCCCAUCAUGCAUGUCUGUGAUCCGAUCCGUGCAUUUACACGAGGACAGAUAGGAGGUGCUACUGGUCUGGCCUAGUACAUCUUUAAUUUUCCUUGCUGCUUAUCAACAGUAGUUAAAUGGAAAGAUAGUUGGCAAUCAAUAUUUUCCAAAUCUAGAUUUUGCAAGAUUUUUGACGCUAUGGCGAAAGUGCGACCCACCGGACCACUUCCAUACUGCUCAUUUGGAACUCGUCCUCGACGCAAAAGAGGACCCUUCAAGAUGCUGACAGAGCCUGCCAUCUUUGCCAGAGAGACCAGCUGCGAUUGCCGCGCCCCUCACGAAAAGCUCACCAUCGCUCAGGCCCGCAGAGGCACCCCAGUGGACCGUCCAGUGAGAGUUUACGCUGAUGGCAUCUUCGAUCUGUUCCACUCGGGCCAUGCUCGUGCUCUCAUGCAGGCCAAGAACCUUUUCCCUAACACCUACCUCAUUGUGGGAGUGUGCAGCGACGAGCUGACCCAUAAGUACAAGGGCUUCACCGUCAUGACCGAGACGGAACGAUACGAAGCGCUCAGACACUGCCGCUAUGUCGAUGAGGUGCUCAGGGAUGCUCCCUGGACACUCACGCCGGAAUUUCUGGAGAAACACAAGAUCGAUUUUGUGGCUCAUGAUGAUAUUCCGUACUCCUCAGCAGGGAGUGAGGAUGUCUACAAACACAUUAAGGAGGCAGGAAUGUUUGUGCCCACUCAACGCACUGAAGGAAUUUCCACGUCGGACAUCAUCACCAGGAUUGUCCGGGACUACGACGUCUAUGCCCGUCGCAAUCUCCAACGUGGCUAUACGGCUAAGGAGCUUAACGUCAGCUACAUUAAUGAAAAGAAGUACCGACUACAGAACCAAGUGGACCGGAUGAAAGAGAAGGUUCGCAAUGUCGAGGAAAAGAGCAAACAUUUUGUUUACCGUGUAGAGGAGAAGAGUCAUGACCUCAUUCAGAAAUGGGAAGAAAAAUCCAGGGAGUUUAUCGGCAACUUCCUGGAACUGUUCGGACCAGAUGGUACCUGGAAGCAGGUGUUUCAAGAGCGAAGUGGAAGGAUGCUCUCCUACGCGCUUUCACCCAGAGAGUCUCCUUGCAACAGCCCUCCACGUGAACUGUCUCCCCUGCGCUCGCCGUCGCCGCCAUCGCCGCCCGCUCGCUGGCACAACGCGCGGCCUUCUCCGCCGACCUCCCCCAAAGGAGCGUCGGCUUCUAUCAGCAGCAUGAGCGAAGGCGACGAGGACGAGAAGUAAACGGACACUCCCACAUGCGCACAUGAUUCAUGGAACACUGCCUGAGCACUUGUCACAUGUGUGCCCACGUAAAAAUCACCAAACAAACACGGAAUGGUUACCAAAACAAGUUCGCUCAAGGAAAAUGGAAAAACAUA